AUGUUUGGACAUUUCCUGGUAACAGCGUUGGCCUUGUCUUAUUGUAUUGGCGGCGGAGCAGCAAUCCCAGGGACAGAAGGCUCUUGGGUUCUGAAUUUCCCUGAACCAAGUAGCACCUUCUCUUGGUCACAUCUACAGGCGACCACCCCCGAUCUGAAUGCCUUCACAGCCUGCGUAUGGAUCAAAACCAUCACAAGCGGCCCCAUUCUAUCCUACGGCUCAGAGAGUUGUCGCCAGUGUAUUGAACUUGGAUACAGCCCCGUUGGUCAGGGCUACUCGGUUGUCUUGAAGGGCGACAGCGUUCUGGAUGAGUCAUCUCGCGCUGAAGCACCCCUACCGGCCGAUGGGAACUGGCACCACUGGUGUGUGGUGUGGAGUGGUGCCAAGAGAGAGAUUAAUAUCUACAGGGAUGGUCUCCACGCGCUGAAACGCCCUGUUAAAAUUUCACGUAUACCUGGAGGUGGUAAGUGGGUGGUUGGACACACCCAUCACGAGGCAACACCUGAUUGUCCUCCUAAACAUCCAUCAUUCCUGGGAUUCGUCGGUGGCGUCAACGUCUGGGACCAUGAUAAAGUCGACAUCCCCGGCUUGGCAAUUUGUGCCAAUACUGACGAGGGGAGUCUCAUUUCUUGGGAUACCGUCACCAAAUCUAACUUCAAGGUCGAGACAUAUAAAGAAUACUGUUAA